UUCUUCACACGCACAGAGGAGGAGGAGGAGGAGGAAGCUGAAAAUGGCGGACGGUGUUGACCACAUCGAUAUUUACGCUGAUGUAGAAGAAGAGUUUAAUCAGGAAUCAGAUUAUCCUGUUCAUGAGCAGAUUGACCUGUACGAUGAUGUCAUCUCACCAUCUGCCAAUAAUGGGGAUGCACCAGAGGACCGCGAUUACCUGGAUAACCUGCCUACACCAGGGAACGCUGAGAGUAACAAAGGGGCUCCACCAAAUGUCGUCUACACCUACACUGGCAAAAGGAUCGCUCUGUACAUAGGAAACCUCACAUGGUGGACCACAGAUGAGGAUUUGACAGAUGCGAUUCGCUCGAUAGGCAUCAAUGAUGUGUUAGAGCUCAAGUUUUUUGAAAACAGAGCAAACGGCCAGUCUAAAGGGUUUGCUCUUGUCUGUGUGGGUUCGGAUGCUUCUUCAAGGAAGUUGAUGGAUCUGCUGUCUAAACGGGAGCUGCACGGACAAAACCCAAUCGUCACCCCAUGCAACAAACAGUCGCUCAGCCAGUUUGAGAUGCAGUCACGAAAAAGCACACAGUCGGGGCAGAUGUCAGGAGAGGGUAAGGCCGGGCCCCCAGGUUUGGGGCUACGCAGUGGUUUCCCUCCUGGCAGGGGUCGAGGGCGUUUUCCUGGCCCACCUGGUCCAGGAGGAGACCGUUUCCCGGGGCCGAUUGGACCUGGUGGACCUCCACCACACUUUCCAGGUAUGCAAGGACCACCCCGUCCUCCCGGUGGAGGUCCACCUGGGCCUCCAGGACCUCCUGGCCCCCCUCCACCUGGUCAGGGUCUGCUGCCUCCCCUCGGCGGACCCCCAAACAGAGGAGACCGCCCCCCUCCACCAGUUAUGUUUCCUGGUCAGUUUGGACAACCUCCAAUGGGUCCAAUGCCUCCUGGCCCGCCCCCACAUGGAUUCUGCCCUCCCCCUGGGCCCCCUCCCCCUCAACAGGGCCCGCCCCCUCCAGGACCCUUCCCUCCCCGCCCUCCUGGUCCCUUAGGGCCCCCUCUUGGCCUCGCACCACCCCCUCACAUGCAGGGACCCCCGCCUGGAGGGCCUCCACCAGCCCCUCAUGUCAAUCCAGCCUUUUUCCCACCACCCGGAAACAACAACAUGCCAUCUUCCGACAGCAGGGGCCCACCACCCGGCGACCCGUAUGGACGCCCGCCUCCAUAUGACCGUGAUUAUGGCCCUGGUGGCAGUAACUUCAGACGCCCUGUAGUAUGUGGCUUUGAGCCCUGGAUAAACGUUGAUGGGCUGGUUGAUGUGAAAAACUCUGGCCAGAACUUACACAAUACAAGUGAUCAAGGGGACAUGGAUGCGUCUCGCACUCCUCUGAGCGAAGCAGAGUUUGAGGAGAUCAUGAAUCGCAACAGAGCGAUCUCCAGCAGUGCCAUUUCCAGGGCUGUAUCAGAUGCUAGUGCAGCUGAUUAUGGCAGUGCUAUAGAGACUCUUGUGACGGCCAUUUCUCUGAUUAAGCAGUCGAAGGUUUCAGCUGAUGACCGCUGUAAAGUUCUCAUCAGUUCACUGCAGGACUGUCUACAUGGAAUCGAGUCCAAAUCCUACGGGUCUGUAUCCAGCAGACGGGAAAGGUCGAGGGAGAGGGACCACAGUCGUUCUCGUGACAAGAGCCGUCGGCACAAAUCUCGCAGCCGAGACCGUCACGAGGACUAUUACAGGGAGCGCAGCCGCGAGAGGGACCGCCAUCGUGAACGCGACCGCGAGAGAGACAGAGAGCGUGAGAGGGAAUAUCGCCACCGUUAGUUGGAGAGUAAGCUGAACGCAAGAGGAGGAGGGGAGACAUCUGGAGCGCCGUGGAUUCAUCCGACAGCUUCCCUCAACACAGAGGCACCUGGACUCCGGCUUCACUCUGCAGCGCUACAGUAGAGUUCUGUAAAAUAUUAUAUAUAUAUAUAUAUAUAUAUACACUCACUCUUAAUUCCCUGCAGCUUUUUAUUUUGUACUUUUUAUUUGAAAGUAGCUGUGUUCUAAAAGUAAGUUCAGCCUUUUGAUGAAAACUACUUGCCUGCUCUAUUCAAAACACAGAAAACAACUUUCCGACUGCUAUAAUGUGUAAAUUGUCAGUUAGCCAGAUUUGUUUUUAUAGGACAUUUUUGGUUUCAUAUUUUCUCCCUUCUUCCCCCCUCGUCCAUUAUAAUGUUUGUAAGUGUCUUAUGCCUUGAUUAUUAAAUAGAACCUGUGUUGUAAUAAAGUGUGUAUUGGGGUUGCUGCUUGUUCAUACUGAAUUUAUUAAUCUGCUAUCUUAUUGUUUUAUGUAGACAUUUGACCAAAACGAUGCAUAUCAUUUAGUCAAAUUUUACUGUUUUUAUUUUUACAGAAUUAUGCACCUAAAUUCCUAACACCUAAAUUGUAGAUACUUUAGCACCUUUUCAAAUACUUUACCAUAGUGCCUUUUCCAAUUAUACAUCAAUUAAUCUGUGCAUUUUGAAGGGAACACAUUGUAGAUUAUCAAGAAAAUACUCAAUUUGAAUUGUCUGCAUGUUAUAAUGAAAUGCAUUGAGUUUAACAAUAAGCAAAAUUGUUUUCUUAAUGUUAUGUAAUUGGAACCACAUAAUUCAAAACUGUGAAAUAUGCUGAUCAUUAAUUUUUCCAGUCACACUAUUUCAAAUACUGUUGUAGUUUCACCCCCUUUUUUUAAUUUUUAUUGUUUAUUUGUUUUUAAGACAGUAACUUAAUCCAGUUCAAAAUAUGCUUGUAAUUGGAUUUCAAAGUGUCUAAUGCGAUGGACACAUCAUUGCCCAAAAUGACAUGUUUUACCUUGCUUUGUGCAUGUGCUUCAGGUUCAUACAAUAUGUGUUCAUGCAGGCCAGAUUAAUUACUCGUUAUCUCUUGGAUGCUGUUAAAAACUACUACAUUUACCAUUUGAAGUCUUAUAGCUUACAUUUUUUACUUAAACAUAUGUUCUGACUUUACCGAAUAUUAAGAGUGUAAUUGUCAGUUUAUCUUUAGGUUUCAUGUAUAGAUGGCUCACAGCAAGUGUACACUUGUGAUGUAUAAAGCAGUCUUUUUCUAGAGUAAUGUAAUACUUAAAAAUCGAUGCAGUUCUCUGACUACUGUUGGAAUAUUUAUAGCGGGUUUUGCAACCAGUUACUCUGCUGAUGAAGUGGAAAAACUACAUUGUGUGUUCCAAUCCUCUUCAUUCUCAGUCAUCUGGACUAAGAGGUAAGUUGAUUUUGCCUUGAGAUUAACAUUUCAAAAAUUGCUAUGAAUGUGUAUCUUUUAAGUUGCCCAAGUGAUUCAGCUCCAUUACUUAAGUUAAUUGUACCUCACAUUACAAAUGAAUUGUCUUAAGCUACUUAGUAUCAAACUUUUCAAUGGUUUGUAAUGAGAAUCAUUGUCUCAGGGAUGCAGUUUUUCUUUCUUUGUUUAUAUAGUGUGUGUGUGUGUGUGUGUGUGUGUGUGUAUGUAUAUAUAUAUAUAUAUAUAUUACACACACACACAAGUAGUUCAGGCCACACAUUUGAAGUCCAGUGCAUUAAAUGUAUCCUCUCCAUAAGAUAUAUGCAUAGAGAGAGAGGAAUUACAAUUUGAACAUUUUUAUAAAUAAAUUUUUCCAAACAUGA